UCGCCAGAUUUUGAUUGACAGAUCAGUUCGACCAAUCGCGUGACGCGUUACAAAUAACUUCGGCGACACAUGAAACCGCCGCCAUUUUGCCCGUCACUGUCGGACUUUUCUGAAGUGUCACAACAAUGGUGAAAAGAUGCUGCUGGGGUACCUGUAACACGGACAGCAGGUUCCCCGACCGUCUGGAAGGUGGGGUGACAUUUAUACCCUUUCCUAAACCCGGCAGGAGUUUGGAAAAAUGCAAAGAAUGGAUAAGACUGUGUGGCAGACCACAAUCACAACUGAACGAAGAAAUCUUGCGUGAGCGUAGUAAAGCCAAACACCUGUUUGUCUGUUCUAAGCAUUUUGUUGAUGGGAAGCCAUCCGAUUUGUAUCCAAAUCCAAGGUCUGCACUUCCCUAUGACAGGAUAACACCAAGCAGAAAGAGACCAAUGCCAAGACCUGAUUUGACAAAAAGUACCAAACGAAAAAUUCUGGAUAUCGUGGACGAAAACGAUAACAUCGAAAUGGAGAGCAUUGUGGUGCCAUCUGAAGUGCAAUUAGACAUGCAGAAAGAUGACAAUUUGCUUAUGAAAGAAACACAACCUUUAGACCUACUGGCUCUGGCUGCUGAAAACAGAAGAUUAGACCAGGAGCAUGCCAAACUUAUAUCAAACAACGCACGUUUAAGUGAAGGUUAUUCCAAAAUGAUACUUCAAUAUGAACAGUUAUGUCGAAAGACAACUUCCCAUGAGGUACAGGGGGAUUCCAAGGCCAUGUUCAGCUGUAAUAAUUUGAAACCAUCAGAUUACCAGUACUACACCGGAUUUUCCAGUGACAGAUUUCACAAUUUGGUCAAGUUUUUUAUCCCAUCAGAAGAAGAGCCAUUUACAUUUACAAAAACAGUGAGUGGAACAAAAAAUAUUUCUUUGGAAGACCAGCUUCUUCUUGUGCUGAUGAAGUUACGACAAAAUUUUGAUUUUGUACAUUUAAGUAACCUAUUCAUGUUUUCUUCUCAGGCUUGCAGCACAAUAUUUUCCAAUUGGAUUAAUUACAUGUUUUUCAAACUUGGUUCACUUGUGAUUUGGCCCAAAAGAGAGGAGAUAGUGAGGAAUAUGCCAUCGAAGUACAAAGAGGAUUUCCCUGACACGAUUGUUAUCAUCGAUGGAACAGAACUCAAAAUUCAAAAACCAAGUGCAUUAAAUCGACAGAGUCAGUGCUACUCGGACUAUAAAUCCUGUACUACCUUGAAAGCUCUAGUUGGUGUUGAUCCCAGAGGAUCGGUUAUCUUUGCCUCAAUGCUUUUUUCUGGAUCUAUUUCGGAUAAAGUUUUAACCAAAGAAAGUGGUUUUCUUAACCUUCUGACAGACCUCAUUGAGCAACAGAAAAUAAACAGAGGGGAUGGUAUCAUGGCUGACAAGGGUUUCCUUAUUGAGGAUGAACUGAAGGAACUUGGACUCAAGUUAAAUAUUCCACCAUUUGCUUCAAGUGGAGCACAGAUGAAGCCAGGGGAUGUUUCAAAAACUAUAAAAAUUGCAAAACACAGAGUUCAUGUGGAAAGAGCUAUUGCACGUAUCAAGCAAUUUAAAAUUUUGUCUGACAAAAUAAGCCUAUCUUUAUUUGGCUGUAUAAACCAAGUUUGGUUAGUUUGUAGUUUGUUGACAAACUUCAUGCCAUAUUUAAUACAAGACUGAUCUUUUUUGUAUUGUGCCUUGUACAUGUUCCAUUGAUACCUCUUUUAGUAUACAGUCUAAGAUAUUUCAUGUAUUUUAUGUUAUGCAUGGGAUAUAUUGGUUUGGUUUAUUUUAUUUUACCUAAUACAACCAGGGUCAUUUAAGAAUGAGCUGGAGUACCCAGAGGAAAACGACCAACCUUCCAUCCUAAGGUCACUUCCAGGCAGUUGCCACAGGGUUUCGAACUUGCAACCCAGAGGUGAAGGGCCAGUGAUAAAAUGUUAUGAUCAGGACACCUUGACCCCUUGGCUUCCA